CACUCGCCGCCAUAUUGUUUAUCCCAGUUAUCUAACUGGUUCCCUGCGACGCUUUCGCUUUCGGGGGAACCAGUUUAUAGCCCAGAGGUCCAGUGUUCCAGUUGUUUACAAAAAUUGCAAGACAGACCAACCAUGAAUAACAGCAGCCUUGUACAAGAACUAGGUUGUGUCCAGAAAGACUUUCCUGUGUCAUCUGCUCUGUUUUUAGAGUUGGAGAAGCAGCCGGCCAUUUUAGGUAUCACUAUCACAGCAGCAGUAAUUUGUAUAACAACAGUGGUCCUGUACUUUGAGACAUUCAGGUUUAUACAUGGCCAUAAUCACCUAGAAGGCAUAAAAAUCAACAAAAACAAAACUCUUAUCAUGCUGGGUGUCUACCCGUUGGUCUCUUGUGCUUGUAUGCUGUCACUUGUUUUGCCACGUACAACAAUGAUUGCAGAGCUUAUGAUCGCUAUGUACAUGGCCCUGUGUAUACUGAUGUUUGUCAGGAUGGUGGUGGAUUACAUGGGAGGCUUUAAGGCCGUGUGUAAGGAGAUGGAGGGGGAGCAGAUGUCCUUCAGAACCCCUCCCUGCUGCUGCUGCUGUUGCUGUCCAGGGGUGUACAAGCAGAAAGUCAACAGGAACAACCUAAGGAAAGUGAACCUGAUGACCUUGCAGGCAGCCAUAAUUCGACCAAUCAUUACAAUUUUAGCUAUGAUUCUGUGGGCUGAUGAACGCUACAUUUUGGGAGAGGAUAUGAGUCCUACAGCUGCCUCUUUGUACCUGAAUUUGGUUGGUGCUGUGUCCAGUCUGGUUGCUAUGUGGGCCAUGAUGAUCACAUUUAGAACCCUCAGAGAUCGCCUUCAGGACUAUAACAUUGGAAAGAAAUUUGCUGCCCUUCAGUUGACCAUUGUGGUGGUCAACAUCCAAGGCUUUAUCUUCCAGAUUCUGGCCAAGUACAACAUUCCGGAGUGUGUCAGGAUACUCAACUCUACUGUUAGAGCUUACAGGUCUAACUACUUCCUUUUAAUUGUGGAGAUGCUGCUUCUGAUGAUUUUUGCCAGGUUUGCAUUCAAGAGAAAGGAGGAGAGUUACAGGGCACAGGACGGGGAGGUAAAUAAGAACGACAAGCAGCUGGAGCCCCAAACCCAGCUCUAAACAAAAAAAUCAUAUCAAAGCCUGCUACACAGUAUAAUUGUCAUAUCAAUGCCAGACACACAAUAGAAUUGUCUUAUCAA